AUGGCGGCUGAAAGCAUGGAAGUUAGCGAAAUUCUUCUAACAAUCGAUCCAUACUGGCACAUGUUCAACUUUGUCCUCGAGCACCAGCCCCGAGACCAAACCAAUCUUAUAAUACGAGCAACACCCCAAAUACCCUGGAUAAUCACCAGAUUGUACACCCAACCCGGUACACUUGCAUUCUACUACUACCCCAACGACCACGUGUGGACCUUACCAGACCCUUACUGGCGGCUAGCAAGCUAUAAAUUCAUGCACUGCGACUAUACCAUCAUCAUCUUCCUCAGAUACCUCGAGGCCUCCCUAGCCAGAUACGGGGCCACCGUUAAAUGGUUCACAGUGAUGAUCAGACCUUACGCCAUCUUCCACCGGCAACACGAGGCCCCCGCUGCAGAUAUCCGUCACAGCGUGUUUGAAAUCACGGCAAGGUCGGGAUAUCAGUACAUUGCCGAUUUUACUAUUGAGCAAUUUGGAUAUCCCAGUGACAUGUGGUUCAUGGACAAGAGUGCCUAUAUGCACCAUUGUACGCUGGGACGCUGGCCAGGACAGCCGAGACAGCGGGAGGUGGCGAGAUUCAGGAGCGGCGACCUCGGGCGUCCGGAAAGAUGGAGGGAUGGGGUUCUCAAGCACAUUUGUGACAUGUAUCAAUUCGCCUGGUGGGGGUACGACAAUCGCGAGCGGAGAGAGGGGUGGUUGCGUUCGAUUGUUCUUCGCACUUUGGCUUACGCGGAACCUGCGUGGCGGCUCGAAAGUCAGACUGAUCAAGGAGUCCUGGACGCUGCAGCAAGGCACGCUUCGAAUGGUGGUGUGCCGAUGGCCUGCUUGACAGACGGUUGCCGGCGAUUGAUGUGA